UCCGUCCGCGCGUCAACAGCAACAGCUAGGAUGUUGCGAUAUCGCUGGCAGCCAAAGAUUGCUGUGGUUGCAGAGAUUAGGCUGCUGGGUUGAAGCCCCUGCCUAAUGUUUAGCUAGAUGUCAAAUUCCGCGGUUGUUCGCGAGCAGUCUCAACAGACGGAGGUUUUAGCUUCCUGUCGACUCUGCGCCUGUUUGUGUUGAUGAACGGCUGCAUCGCGCUAAUGCGUUAGCUUACUAAAACCCCAGUUUUAAUGUAAAUGGAAGCAAUUAAAUAGCUCGACGGGCAGCUAUGUGCCAUCUAACGGUCGCUUCACUUGACUGAGGAUGGAAAGACUAUUUCGGGCGACGCUAUCAGACAAGUUACACGUCGGAUACAUCGCUCCCGUGGACAUUAUCUUCAGAGGAUAACCUGGAUAACCUUACACGAAAUGUCAUAGCGCGUAAGUAGCUAGCACUUAGCUAGCUGGGUAAUGGCUGGACGAGAUGGAGAAGGACCUAAUGUUAUCAUCAGCAGCAGCCGACCAUGAACAGCUGGAUGGAUAGCUAAAGAAAUACUUUCUCCGGAGAUGCUUUAGCCUCCUGGGUGGUGUAAUUCACUUACAUAACAGCUAGUCGCAACCGCUCUAGCUAUCACCAACUGGCCUGUGUUGGCAAGCAAAUGGGAAAUUUGCCACCAAAAAUCUGGGUUGUCUCAACAUCAUAAGUGACAAAGGCAUCGCUGCAUGUUGUGAGGCUGCAGACAGACUUUGCUUGAAGCGUCAGAUUUCGUGUACAGCCUGACCUGCGUUAUCUAUCAGUGCAAUAAUAAGGUGCACAGGAAACAGGCACUUCAUCUGUGUGCCUAGGAUUUGAAGCCGCAAACACUCCUCCUGUCAUUUCGACAUCAUGAGGAAGUUCUUUGAUUCUCGUCGGGAGUUGGUGAGCUCCGGGCCUGGUUCUGGAGGAGGGGGCAGCAGCUCUGGGUCCAGUCAUGCAGGCGGAAAUUUCAUUGGCAGAGCCUUCACUGUCGGGCGGCACCAAGUCACUGUUGAGGAGAUAAUUGCUGAAGGUGGCUUUGCAAUCGUGUUCCUCGUGCGAACAAAUCAAGGGGUGCGUUGCGCCCUGAAGAGGAUGUAUGUCAACAAUGAGCAUGAUCUGCAGGUGUGCAAAUGCGAGAUUCAAAUAAUGAAAGAUCUUGUGGGUCACAAGAAUAUUGUCGGUUAUCUUGACUCCAGUAUUACUGCUAUGGGAUCAAGGGAUGUAUGGGAGGUCUUCAUACUUAUGGACUUCUGCAAGGGGGGGCAGGUGGUCAAUUUGAUGAAUCAAAGGCUGCAGACCGGCUUCACCGAGGCUGAGGUGCUGCAGAUCUUCUGCGACACCUGUGAUGCUGUUUCUCGCCUGCACCAGCGCAAGACACCCAUCAUCCACAGAGACCUUAAGGUGGAGAACAUCCUCCUGCAUGACAAGGGUCAUUAUGUGCUGUGUGACUUUGGCAGCGCCACCAACAAGUUCCAGAGCCCACAGACCGAAGGAGUGGCCGCCGUGGAGGAAGAGAUCAAAAAGUACACCACUUUAUCAUAUCGCGCCCCAGAGAUGGUGAACCUCUACAAUAACAAGAUUAUCACUACAAAAGCAGAUAUCUGGGCGCUGGGCUGUUUGCUGUACAAACUCUGCUUCUUCACUCUGCCCUUUGGUGAAAGCCAGGUGGCCAUCUGUGAUGGCAGCUUCACCAUUCCAGACAACUCCCGCUACUCUUAUGAUCUUCACUGCCUCAUUCGGUACAUGCUGGAGCCAGACCCAGACAAAAGACCAGAUAUCUACCAGGUGUCCUACUUUGCUUUUAAACUAGCUCAGCGGACCUGCCCUGUUCAGAAUGUGAAGAAUUCUCAGAUUCCUUCUAAACUUCCUGAGCCAAUCAAAGCGAGUGAGGCUGCAGCCGCGAAGAAGAGCCAGGCUAAACCCAGACUGACGGAUCCAAUUCCCACCACUGAAACCUCCAUCACCCCUCGCCAGAGGCCCAAAGCAGCACAUACCCAGCCUGCGGCUGGCAUCCUACCCAUCCAGCCUGCUGCUCUCACCCCUCGCAAGCGGGCUAAUCUCCCUGGUGGUGCAGCUCAGCCUGUGGGAGUCAGCUUAAACCUCUCUCAGCCAGCUGCAGCUCUGCAGUCACAGAAGGCACAGAGUUCAGUUUUGCCUCUCAUCCAGUCACAAAACAAUUCAAGUCAGGCUGUGGCUCCGCAGAAGCAGCCAACCGCAGCUCCAGCAGCAGAGACUGCAGCAACAACAGCAGCAGCGGUGUCACCAGUCACCAAGGCCGACGUCCAACCACAAGCACAGCCAAUAGUUCAGCAACAGACCACACCCACAUCCGCGGCCAGCGCCACCUCCCAGCAGGGAGCACAGACUCCGUCGAGCCCGGCCCCUCCUCAACGCCCAGCUCGACGCAAGCAGGCUCAGCAGCCAGCGGCUCAGCCUUCACCCAGCAAACCGGCCCCUGGUCAGCCGCCUAUAUCUCAGCAGCAGCAGCAGCAGCAGCAGCAGCAGCAGCAGAUAACUCAGCCACCAGCUGCUCAGGCUCCGCCCACCUCCACUGAGAUCAGCCAAAUAGCAGCAGAGACAACUCCACCUGCUUCUCCAAAGACGACUGAAGAGCGAGGCCACCAACGCACACCGAGUGAUGCUGCAGCGAGCAGCGUUGCUGGAGUUCCAGUGAGUGACUCCUCACAGCAGCCACAAGGAGCUAAUGGAGACGCUGCCCUCAACCAAUCAUUUACAUCUCAGCCAAGCACCGCUCAGCUUGUACAGCUUGGUAUUGAUGAUGCAGGCCAGGACCAAACCAAAGCUGGAGCCACUGUUUCUGCGCCCAGCGAUGCAACCAACACCCCCACACAGCCCGCAUGGAACCCGUUUGACGAUGACAACUUUUCAAACCUCACUGCAGACGAAUUCAAAACUGAGGACAAAAAGCCCACUGACCUACCUUCAGAAAUUGAGUUAUCAUCCUCUGAGGCGUUGAUACCAGGCCUGCAGGCCUCAUCUGUGGCUAAUACACCCCAAGAUACUGUAGAAAAACCAUCAUCCAUUCUCGAUGUGGAUUCAGGAGCCUCGCUGCUGGCUGUCCCAGAUCCUUUUGGUCUCGAACUGUCAGAUGCACCAGAGAAGCUGAUUGAAGGACUCAAAUCUCCAGACACGUCUUCACUCAUGCUUCCUGACCUCCUGUCAUUGUCUGAUCCCUUCGGUGGCUCUGUGGAAGAGUCUGCAAAAGACCCUCUCGCCGCAGACGACACUCUCCUGGGCUGCUCUCUGAUCUCUGGUCCGUCCGCCCCUCCGGCAGCGAGCAGCGCCACCUCCUCUGUCUCCUCUGCUCCCACCUCCGCUGCCUCUGCUUUAGAUGAUUUCAGCUUGUUGUCUGGGGACUGUGCACAGCCUAUAGCAGACUCGUCUCUCCUGAUCUCAGACUUUGAGCCGCAGCAGGCCACAGCGGAGGCAGGCACAGAGGAUGAGUUUGAUCCUAUUCCCGUCACAGGCCGAAAGAACUCCCAAGUUUCAGGAGGCCACUCGCGCAGUAACAGUGGCGGCUCUGAAUCCAGCCUGCCCAGCUUGGCCCGCUCCCUGCUGCUGGUGGACCAGCUCAUCGACUUGUAGGCGGCUCCCCCCAGUAGAAGCUGUAACACUGGAUUAUAGACUGGCAUAGCAUAACGGCAAUCAACACUGUUGUCAUAGCUAGCUUCCUGCAACCCCCCCCUGCCCUCAGCUGUCAUCUCCAUUCUAGUUCUCACAGUAGAAAUCAUCCUUCGCCUUUCAGUGCUUCUUCAUACCUGCCCUCUCCGCCAUAUCAACUGCAUUAUCUGGCUUCUCUCCACCUCUCAUCUCUCACCCUCUCACUCGCAUCUUCUCUUUGUUGUCGUCUCUGCACAUCACGUGUCGUCCAUUGGUUCGAAGAGCGGCCAGCUCACUAACAUCAUCCUUUCUCGAGAUUAACCAUCCCAUCUUCCUGUCAAUCAGGAUAUAUUAGUGCUAUCCAGUUUGUUUGAGCAAUAUUGCAUUAUGUCUACUAGCAAACAAUAGAAGAUCAUUGUUGUAAUGUACAAUAGGCAUAGUUAUAAGUGGUUGUAGUUAUUAUCGUGCACAAGUGAAAUUGUCGUCAUUUGCCUUUUUUAAAUUCUCCUCCCCAGAUUUAUUUGCACAUUUUAAAGUUAAAAACCAUGGAAAGCGUUAAACGACCAUUCGUUCAAAUGAGGUCCGUUUAUUUCUUCUAUAAAAGGGAAACUUAUCGUCAUGUAGCCCGAUUUUGCACAGUAGCAUAAAUGUUACCUCCGUCAGGGCUGUUGGAUGGAAUAUCUUCAACAAUUUAAAGCUGCUAUAGAUUAGACUGAAAGAAAUUACAAUCUGGAAACUAAACAGCCAUAACCACACGUCCUGCGAAUACCAUAUAUUGUGAUGAAGAGGCGAGCAGGAAGGUUUUCCUGAUCAGAAUAAACAUAAGUGCCAUAAAAUAAUCUGUGAAUAACUGUUGGCUGGUGGCGGAAGUGUAUCAGCUAAACUCUGACUGCAAAACAAAAUAAAUUACGUCCAACAGAUCGUUUGUGGAGCUAGAACGGUGACAAUAAGUUUUGGCAUCGGAAAAGGAAAAACUGACACUGAAAAAAAUUCCACUGAAAAAUAAAACACGGGCAUGAAAAAUUGUUUUAUUUUGAUAGUUUUGCAUUCUGAUGUGUUUUUCAGUGACAGUCCUUCGAUGUGUUCUCACUCUUUUUCUGCCAGACAAGAUUAACAUCAACUUAACGACAUCACCACGUGCCAUAUGUGUGUGGCAAUGCCUCAGGCUUUGGCGUGGACCGUGGGUCCAGAAGAGUGACAUUCUCUCCUUAGUAUGUAGACUAAAUGUAAAUCACACUGUCCUGUCACCUCCCCUUAUCCUCCCUCCUUCCGCGCUGAAACGGGGACAGAAAGUUGAAACUGAAAAACGAGUGACAUGAAGAAAAAAAUAUGAAAAUUGCCACUGAAAAAGACAUCCAAAGGAAAAAAAAAUCAAAACAGUAUAAAUAAUUUUUAAAGCCUGUGUUUUAUUUUGCAGUGGAACUUUGUCAGUGCCAAUGUUUCCUUUUUUUAAUGCCAAUUUUCUUUUGUCACUGUUCGAGUUCCAUAACUGCUCUUAUUUUGUAAUAUUUUGAUCUUAUUUUUUUAAUUUUAUCCUCGAGGCAAGCAAGAGAUUGUUUUGGACUUAAAUGACAAAUCAGGGUCAUUUAACAGUGUUUAUAGCAGUGUGCCAUAUCAACAGAAAAUGCAUGAAACCAUGAAAAUAAUUUGAGUAAUCAGCAGUAAUAGGAAACCGUAGCUUUUACCUAGAAAGAGACCAUUCAUGACUAUUCAGGUGAUUUUUUGGCACUAACAGAAACAGUCUAAUAUGGCAUUUUAGAAAUGAUUUCCACUCACUUGCACUUUUUUGUUUAAAUAUCAACAUCCAUUCCGCAUUGUGCAAUCCUUCCCACAUUCCUGUCAUUUGUUCUCUCCUGAUUUAUGUAAAUAGAUAUCUGCAACCCCUGCAGGCUCGUGUCCAGACCAUAGAAUUGGUUAUUCUUCCCUUGUAAAUAUUAAGUCAUUGUCAUAAAGCUUUACUUGUGGAAAACAUAUUGCUUUACUUGUGAAACCUCAUAUAUCCAUCCAUAUAUACAGCAUAUAUAUGCGAUAGAUAUAUGACUGAAAAAUGACAUUGUUUUCCUGUUAAUAAAUGUUAAUAUGAAUAGAGUGUUAGAGAAUGAAUGUAAGAAAUAAAUAUUAGUCUAUAAUAAAAAAAUAUCUAUGAUUCUGACACCAUAAUCACUGAAUAAUAUUGAAGAAUACUCUAUAUAAAUAUUUCAUUCCUCUUUGUGGAAUUGUGUGUUGAGAAAGUUUUUUUUUUUUCUUGGUUAUAUCUACUCAAUUAUUGUCAGUACAUUAAAAUGUAUAGAUGAUUAUCCUAGUCUUUGUUCGACCCGGAGAUUAGGCUGAACCCCAUGUCUUACUCCACCUCCUCUACCGUUGUGAAAAGAAAAGUGAGCCUGUGUUCUGUUUGUUUACACUGACUGAUGAAGGAUUAUAUUUUUAUUCAAAACCGUCGACAGUUUUCUGGAAACGUAGGAGCUCAACCUCUCGAAUCUUGUUUCAUUUCAUCGCUUAAACUAGAACUUUUUUCUGAGAAAUUGUGCUUUGUAAAGCUUUGUUUUGCUUUACCAGCUUUUAGUGAUCACAGACUUCAUAUCAAAAAGCAUGGCAGUGUUGUUGAAUGUUAUGUGUGUGUUGGUAUACAGUGUUAUGAUAAGUAUGUGUGUGUGCGUGGAGUCAGAAUUGUUGGAUGUGUUUUUUCCAGUAGCCUCCUUGUGUUGUUGUUUGCUGCAAAUAUGGCGACGGUCACGUUGUCAUUAAAAUCUCUUCUGAAAGCACAGCCCCCCACCCACCCAACCCUAAAUUCUCUCAGGAAGUCAGAGCUACAUCUGAGAGUUGGAUAUGUAUUGGCUUACUGCUCCCCAGUCUGUCCUCUGGAAGUCUGCGCUCCAUAUUAUAGUUAAGAGAAUCUGUCUGACGAGGUUAAUGUGUGAGGGGCUCUGUGAAGUGUGGAAAGGUACAGCACUCAGCGUCAAGUCAGUUGUCCAGGGUUUGAAAAAUCAGCUCCAAUCAGCAAUAUAGACGUUUCUGUAGGAUCAAACAAAGUUGUGUUGCUUCCUAAUACAGUGGGAAGAGUACCUCCAUCUCUGCGUUUACAUUUUGUCAUGUUAGAACGUGAAUUAUUUUUGUGAGCUCUACUUAAAAUAGUCCCUGAAGGUGGCAAAGUAAUUCAGAAAUAAAUUAAAAUAGUCAGGAUUUAUUGUUUCUUUUUACUGGUAUUGAAGCGUAACAAGAAUUGUUUUCUAAUACCGUCAGAUCGCACAAAUCUUAAAGGUUCUGCAUGUGACAUUCAGAGCAUUUCGCUGCCUCUGUGUGCGUUGUAAUCAGAGUUUGUCUGGUUUAUUGUGGUGAGCCGGUCCGGCCAUGCGUGUUUGUUCGUGCAUGUGUGUAUCCCACUGGCUUGCUAAUUGCUGCAGCUUUGCCCUGCACUCAUAUGGCAGUGAUACAGCUGAUAUCGGAAUGGCGUCAUUGCAGAAGCAUAGCACCCGCCCUCCGCUUACCCCACAGCUAAUGUCGUUAGCGCCGUCAGCACUUUUGCUGUAAUUUAGCGCCAGUGGCUACCAGGUAACGGUGCUGGCUCAGCCACCUCCAUGUUGAGAGCCAUGUGCAGACAACUCAUACGCUCUGAAUUUUGCAUAGAGUACCUUUAACUGGUUUUCACAUGCUAGUUCGAUGUAUAUGUGUUGCUGACUAACUAAACCGAAGGCCUUCCAAACAUCUGACAUCAACACCAUCUUCAUGUAAAAUAUUUGGUAUAUUUAGUCGUAAGGUGUGAAGAACAAAACCCAACAUUUGCAAAAUGUCAUAAUGUUAAUGUCCACACAAUGUGAAAUUCUAACAUUGGUAGACGUUUAAAAUUUAAGUUAAAAAUUUCAUCUACCUAAUUUUCUCGCAACCGAAAUUUAACAAAAGAGUCCAACGUCUUUAUGAUAUCAUACUGACGUCGGUUGCCAACUGGGAUGGAGCAUAGUUAGUGGCUUAUUCACGUUCUUUAAUCAGGAAAUCUACGGUCAUGGGUUUAAACAUCUUAAUUUCUGUCCUGUUUCAGUUGUAUUCGUUAACCCCUAAGAUUGAGAGUAUUUUAAGUAGAACUCCUGAUUUCAGUUUUUAAUCACAUCCUUUCAUCUUGGAAAUAAAUUUGCGAAAACUCAAAGGAGUGGCUGGUUCCAAAGCACCAGUCUGCUCGGUGUAUUUCCUGUAGGUACUGCAUGUGCAGCUGAAGGCUUAUGUUGUUUCCAAUCACCCUCUUUACGAUCCAUCCUCCGAACAACUCAGUCAUUUUGCAGUUACUGUUUGAACCUAUGCAACUCUCGAGCUUUCUCCCUGUAGCCGCCAGUGUGCUGUUGUAAUCAGUAAAGCCAAGCAGGUAGUGAGAUUUAGUCCCUGAUGUGAAACAGAAGCCCCUCAUUUUCUCUGUUGUUUUGCCAAAAAUGAAAGCUGUCGAUUAUCUGAUACUAUUGAGUGUUUUGAGACGCCUCUUGUCUUUAUGGCCCAAACCUGCGUCAGAGCUGUGGUAUCGUGUGCUCCUUCUAUUUUUGUGAGAUAAUUAAAGAAUUAUAAAGGGAUGGCAAAUAAAAUACAAAUGUGAAUGUCAA